UACUGUCUUAGCAGGUCAUCUUAGACGGCGCCUUGAUUUUUAGUAAAUUUUCAAAAACCACCGUAAUUGUAUCUUAAUUUUUGAUUGUCGAAUUUGACUGACGUUCGUCGAAUUUGUGCUGUGUUCGACUAAUUUUUAAGAUUUCUGGAAAGGUCUUGCGGAUCUUGUAAUCUUUCGUGUUCAGCUUAAUUUUCUUAAUAAGUAGCUGCCAGUUUAUGUUUCGAGAUGGGAGGUUGCCUUCUUGGCAUCAACUUAUGUCAAAGACGGUAACGAUGUUUUGUGUUUACCUGCUAACCUGUCAAUUUCUGAUACAGAUUUAAAUUUUUAAUUACUGUUGCUGAAAUAGAGCAAAUCGGGGCUAGUAGAAAUCUUCCUACCUGUUCAAGAUAUUCUGCUGAUUGCAGGCUGGGUUUCAGUCUGUGUGCAUUGUAGACAAGUUUUUAGAGAUCGUAUAGUUCGAAGAGUGAUAAAUUUGGUCAAAACUUUGGGAGUCUUUUCAGGCUGAAGUUUAGGCACCGGAAAAGAGUUCAAUACGGCGGAGUUUAUGCAUCCAAGGAGUAUCCAACAUGAAGUUUCUCGAAUACACCCCUCUUGCAAGGUUAAAUGCUUUUCUCAACAAUGUAAAUCUUGGAGAAUGUAUUCUCAAAGGUUCCCUGGAGGCUUACUCCUGCAAGGCUGCUGGGAAUGACAGGAAGUUGUCACGUAGCUUAGAGCAAGAAGUCUUGGAUUACCUUGUGCAAUAUCCUGAUAACAAUUCCUCCUCUCCAGUUGGUCCUCUAUGUAACACGGCAAGCCGAAGGACACUGAUUCAUCUAAUACUUACCAUGAACCACAUUUAUCCAGAUUAUGACUUCAGCAUAGUACAAGCUCACAAUUUCUCCAAAGAAUGUGGACUAAACGUUGUCAAGCAGAAAAUUGAGAACUACCUGAUUGAAUCAGAAAAGGUGUGGACGAUGGAAAAUGGGGGCGAUACCCCUUUCCUAGAUAGCAUUUGGAAAGCUAUUGAUGAGGUUAUUGAUCUAUCCAAUUGUGAGGUCUAUAGCUAUAUGCCAGAAAUUGAAGGGGAUCCUUUUUUGGAAAGGGGAGCUGUAUGGUCUUUCAAUUUCUUUUUCUACAACAAGAAGCUGAAACGAAUCCUUAGCUUCAGUUGUUGCUGUUUGAGCAAGUUGGCUAUUGACUAUCUAUCCCACAAUGAAAUGUUGAGUGAUGAAGAUAACAUUUUUGAAGGCAUGGAUAUGGACUAAUGCAUAGUCCGGUACAUAGUGUGCAUAUUAACUUGUACCUUUCUGUAAAUCCAUGUUCAGUGGUAAGAGGCAGGGGAGCAGACCUCUGCUAUUGUAAUAUGGCACUUUGUACAGUUUCAUGGCGUAUAUGUCCAUGGAGUCUGGAGUCCAAUGUUAGACCUCGUAAUUUCAUCAAUUUUAAUACAUGGACUUGGAACCAAGACUCAUAAAGAUUA